AUUUAUGAAGUAUUUAUUGAUCAUUCUUGGGUGUUUCUGGGAGAGGGGGAUAUGGGAGGGUCAUAGGAUAAUAGUGGAGAGAAGUUCAGGAGAUAAACACAUGAACAAAGGUCUCUGGUUUUCCUAGGCAGAGGACCCUGCGGCCUUCUGCAGUGUUUGUGCCCCUGGGUACUUGAGAUUAGGGAGUGGUGAUGACUCUUAAAGAGCAUGCUGCCUUCAAGCAUCUGUUUAACAAAGCACAUCUUGCACCGCCCUUAAUCCAUUUAACCCUGAGUUGACACAGCACAUGUUUCAGAGAGCACGGGGCUGGGGGCAAGGCCAUAGAUCAACAGCAUCCCAAGGCAGAAGAAUUUCUCCUAGUCAGAACAAAAUGGAGUCUCCUAUGCCCACCUCUUUCUACACAGAUACAGCAACAAUCUGAUCUCUCCUUCCUUUCCCCACACUUCCCCCCCCUUCCUUUCAACAAAACCGCCAUCGUCCUCAUGGCCCGCUCCGGAUGGUCGCUGUCUCUUCGGAGCUGUUGGGUACACCUCCCAGACAGGGCGGCCGGGCAGAGGCGCUCCUCACCUCCCAGACAGGGCGGCCGGGCAGAGGCGCUCCUCGCUUCCCAGACGGGGCAGCCCGGGCAGAGGCGCUCCUCACUUCCCAGACGGGGCCGCCCAGGCAGAGGCGCUCCUCACUUCCUCCCAGACCAGGUGGCAGCCGGGCAGAGGCGCUCCUCACCUACCAGACGGGGCGGCCGGGCAGAGGCGCUCCUCACUUCCCAGACGGGGCGGCCGAGCAGAGGCACUCCUCACCUCCCAGAGGAGGCGGCCGGGCAGAGACGCUCCUCACUUCCUCCCAGACGGGGCGGCGGCCAGGCAGAGGCGCUCCUCACCUCCCAGACAGGGCGGCCGGGCAGAGGCGAUCCUCACUUCCCAGACUGGGCGGCCGGGCAGAGGCGCUCCUCACUUCCCAGACUGGGCGGCCGGGCAGAGGCGCUCCUCACUUCCCAGACUGGGCGGCCGGGCAGAGGCGCUCCUCACCUCCUAGACGGGGUGGCCAGGCAGAGGCGCUCCUCACUUCCCAGACGGUGGCAGCCGGGCAGAGGCGCUCCUCACCUCCCAGACGGGGCGGCCGGGCAGAGGCGCUCCUCACUUCCCAGACGGGGCGGCCGAGCAGAGGCACUCCUCACCUCCCAGAGGAGGCGGCCGGGCAGAGACGCUCCUCACUUCCUCCCAGACGGGGCGGCGGCCAGGCAGAGGCGCUCCUCACCUCCCAGACAGGGCGGCCGGGCAGAGGCGAUCCUCACUUCCCAGACUGGGCGGCCGGGCAGAGGCGCUCCUCACUUCCCAGACUGGGCGGCCGGGCAGAGGCGCUCCUCACCUCCUAGACGGGGUGGCCAGGCAGAGGCGCUCCUCACUUCCCAGACGGUGUGGCGGCUGGGCAGAGGCGCUCCUCCCUUCCCAGAUGGGGCAGCCAGGCAGAGGCGCUCCUCACUUCCUCCCAGACGGGGUGGCGGCCAGGCAGAGGCGCUCCUCACUUCCCAGAGGGGGCGGCCGGGCAGAGGUGCUCCUCACUUCCUCCCAGACGGGGUGGCGGCCGGGCAGAGGCACUCCUCACCUCCCAGACGGGGCGGCCGGGCAGAGGUGCUCCUCAUCUCCCAGACGGGGCAGCCGGGCAGAGGUGCUCCUCACUUCCUCCCAGACGGGGUGACGGCCGGGCAGAGGCACUCCUCACCUCCCAGACGGGGCGGCCGGGCAGAGGCGCUCCUCACCUCCCAGACGGAGUGGCCAGGCAGAGGCGCUCCUCACUUCCCAUAAGGGGUGGCGGCCGGGCAGAGGCGCUCCUCACUUCCCAGAUGGGGCAGCGGGGCAGAGGCGCUCCUCACUUCCUCCUAGACGGGGUGGCGGCCAGGCAGAGGCGCUCCUCACCUCCCAGAUGGGGCGGCCGGGCAGAGGUGCUCCUCAUCUCCCAGACGGGGCGGCCGGGCAGAGGUGCUCCUCAUCUCCCAGACGGGGCAGCCGGGCAGAGGUGCUCCUCACUUCCUCCCAGACGGGGUGACGGCCGGGCGGAGGCGCUCCUCACCUCCCAGACGGAGUGGUCAGGCAGAGGCGCUCCUCACUUCCCAUAUGGGGUGGCGGCCGGGCAGAGGCGCUCCUCACUUCCCAGAUGGGGCAGCCGGGCAGAGGCGCUCCUCACUUCCUCCCAGACGGGGUGGCGGCCAGGCAGAGGCACUCCUCACCUCCCAGACGGGGCGGCCGGGCAGAGGUGCUCCUCAUCUCCCAGAUGGGGCAGCCGG